AUGCAAGUUGAAGAACCUGUAAUACUCUACAAACUUCGGUCAACAGAUGGGCAGAGAUUUCUGGCAGAUAGGCGAACAAUCGGAAUGAUAGGACGGAUUGAGGACCUAUUUAGAAAUGCUGGAUUAGACCUGAUUCCUGCCGAUCAACUGCAGCCAAUUCAACUAGAAAUCCCUGCGACAGUGAUGAGGAAAGUGAUCGAGUGGUGCGACCAUCAUAAGCACGACCCGCCCUACGACGAAUCUGAACCGGAAACCAAUGAUAUUCCUGACUGGGAUGCGUCGUUUCUGAUGGUGAGGCACAACAUGCUCUUUGAUAUAAUCCGAGCCGCGAGGGAUUUUACUGUACCUGGUCUCUUCGCCAUGUGCUGCCGUGUCGUCGGACAAAAUCCUAGAGAGAUUAUUGACGGAUUGGUGAAUGAUGAAGAGGAGGAGCAGCCAGUAUAUCCAGUGGUGGCUGCAGCGGCUUAG